AUGAAGGGCAUACUCAAGGCCCUGGCCACGGCGGUACUCGCCACGGCAUCGCUGGCCCAAGAGUCGGCCCCGCCAUCGGCUACGGCUUCGGCGUCUAGCGGGUCACUGCAGCCGUAUUCGGGAGCGCUGCCCGCCGUAGCGCCCAUCCGGCUCCGUCUCAACCCGGCCAACGUCCGGAACCUCGCCGAGUCGGAUUUCAUCACAUGGACGAUCCCUGGCUCCGCAAAGGCCAACAUCACGGUCAGCAACAUCACCGAGAGCGACGUCACCUUUACGCUCGCCGCCGGCAACGGCUCCCAGCUGGCCGGAAACUACUACAAGUACCAGUACACGCGGUUCCUCUCCUCCUUGGGCGAGCGCGUCGUCAACGAGGGCAUCAGCAACUCCAACAAGGACGGCUCACCGCUCACGCUCACGAUCAAGGGCCUGGUGCCGGGUAAUCACACCCUGCUGACAUGGCACAAUGCGUGGGACGCCCUCAAUGAGGCCGCGACGCUCGACAUCAGCGUCAACGGGCAGCGCGCCCAGAUCGGCCUCAAGCAGUCCAUACGCGUGGAUAACAUCUGGCAGGCCGCGAACUCGUACCUGAAGUUCGAGGUCACGUCUGCCGCGGAAGAGACCAAGAUUGUCUUCACCCCGAGCAGCGGCGGCGACAAGCGGGCUUUCCUCAACGGAUUCGAGGUCGACGCACCGUCGAUGCAGAACCAGAUCAGCUUCCCUGCGCCCAAACACCGCGACGAGCGCAUCGAAAUUGCCGCGAACGGCAGCGUCACUGCCUCUUGGCAGGCUCCCGCUUCUGCUGAGGGUGUCAAGUAUAAUGUGUACCUGGGCACGUCGCAGACGGACUUGAAGAGCAUUGCUGAGGGUGUGACGGAAGCGAGCGCGAAGCUGCCUGGCCUCAACACCGUUGACAGCUUCUACUGGCGAGUCGAUGUUGUUUCCGGGCCGACUACCUACGCCGGCCGCGUCUUUUUCUUCCGCAUCGCCCAGCUAGCCUUCCCCGGGGCCGAAGGUUGGGGUCGAUUCGCCCGCGGCGGCCGCGGUGGUAAAGUGAUCAAGGUGACCAGCCUCGAAGAUACCACAGAUCAAGGCACCCUCCGCUACGCCCUGACCAUCGCCAAGGGCCCGCGCAUCGUUGUCUUCGAUGUCGGCGGUGUCAUCACGACCACCUCCCGCAUAUCCGUCAACGACCAGUACAUCACACUCGCCGGCCAGACCGCUCCGGGCAAGGGCAUCGUUAUCCAGGGCAACCCGCUUGGCCUGACCGGCGCCUCCGAUAUCAUCUUCCGCCACAUGCGCGUGCGCCCCGGCAAGAUCUCUGGGCAGACUAUUGACGGCAUGGGCAUGCAGGGUUCGAACCACUGCAUUUUCGACCGCUGCUCCAUGGGCUGGACUAUCGACGAGGCCUUUAGCUCCCGGUCUGCUUGGAACAUCACCUUCCAGCGCAACAUGAUCUCUGAACCUCUCAACAUCGCCGGCCACAAGAACUAUCCCAACGGCACUGCUCACGGCUACAGCGCCACGAUCGGCGGCGACGUCGGGUCCUUCCAUCACAAUUUGCUUGCCCACGCCGAGGGCCGGAGCUGGAGCAUGGGCGGCGGUGUUGACGACAAUGCCGCGUUUGCCGGGCAGCUUGAUAUUCGCAACAACGUUGUCUACAACUUUGGUGGCCGUGCUACCGACGGUGGUGCAAAGAAGGUCAACUUUGUCGGAAAUUAUUACAAGCAUGGGCCGGCCUCCACGCUCACAUUCGCCCUCAGAGCACAGUACGAGGACAACAUGCCCGGCAUGCAACAAUACUACUGCGCCGGCAACUCCAUGCCCGGUUACUUUGACCAGGACUCGAUCCAAUACCCGUCCGGCGACGGCACCGCGACCAAGAACACCACAAUCGCCUGCUGGGCCGACGUCAGCUUCGAUCCGGCCCCGACCUACCAAAAGUUCUUUGCCGAGCCCUUUUUCGAGCCCCACGUCGAGACCCAGCCCUCGACCGAGGCCUACAAGCGCGUGCUCUCCGACAGCGGCGCCAGCCAGCCCGUCCGCGACGUCCACGACGCGCGCAUCGUCAACGAGACCGCCACCGGCACGUACACCUACGUCGGCUCCGUCUCGGGAAAGAAGGGCCUCAUUGACGACCCCAAGGACGCGGGCGGGCUCGAGGAAUUCCCCACGGUGACGCGCGCCGCGAGCUGGGACGCCGACGGGGAUGGUAUUGCGGAUUGGUGGGAUGGUUCGACGGGCGGCGAUGGGUAUACCGCUAUCGAGGGGUAUCUCAACUUCAUGGCUGAACCGCAUGCGUAUGUGUCGCCUUCCAAGUCUGUCGAGGUUGACCUCGCUGCCCUGGCCUUGGGUUUCAAAGAGCCUAGUUUUACGGUUUCCGGCGCGAAAAAGGGAGGGGUCACGGUUAGUGGGGGCAAGGCAACGUAUACUGCUGGAGUCGAGGCGGGUAUCGAUCAUUUUGAUAUCGGGAUUGAGGACAGCGAGGGGAGCACGUGGACCCGGACGUUUGGUGUUGCCAUCUUUGCGGGUGCGGAGGAGGCGUGA